AUGACCAACUGGGAAAAGGGCCACUACAUCAACUACAAAAAAAUGUCCGAGAACUUGGCCAUUGUCCGAAAGAGAUUGAAUAGACCUCUUACCUUCGCCGAGAAGGUCCUCUACUCCCAUCUGGACGAUCCUCAAGGCCAGGACAUUCAGCGUGGCGUUUCCUAUCUCAAACUCCGCCCCGACCGAGUGGCAUGCCAGGAUGCUACCGCUCAGAUGGCCAUUCUUCAGUUCAUGUCAGCAGGUUUGCCCUCGGUGGCCACUCCGACCACUGUCCACUGCGAUCACUUGAUUGAGGCACAAAUUGGCGGUAACAAAGAUCUGGACCGCGCUAUUGAUAUCAACAAAGAAGUCUACAACUUCUUGUCAACUGCCUGCGCCAAAUACAACAUCGGUUUCUGGCGACCUGGUUCUGGCAUCAUCCAUCAGAUCAUUCUCGAGAACUACGCUUUCCCUGGAGCUCUACUUAUUGGCACUGAUUCCCACACACCCAAUGCUGGCGGUCUGGGUAUGGCGGCUAUCGGCGUCGGCGGAGCUGAUGCUGUUGAUGUGAUGGCCGGUCUUCCAUGGGAAUUGAAAGCCCCCAAGAUCAUUGGAGUCAAGCUCACUGGGGAAUUGUCUGGAUGGGCUACUCCCAAGGACAUUAUUCUGAAGGUUGCCGGUAUCCUUACGGUCAAGGGAGGCACCGGAGCCAUCGUCGAGUACCACGGACCAGGUGUAAACAGCUUAUCGGCCACCGGUAUGGCAACUAUCUGUAACAUGGGUGCUGAAAUUGGAGCCACUACUUCAAUCUUCCCUUUCAACGACCGCAUGUAUGACUACCUUGGGGCCACCAAGCGCAAAGCCAUUGGUGACUUCGCUCGUGGCUACGCUGCCGAGCUCAAAGAAGACGAAGGCUCAGAGUACGAUCAAUUGAUUGAGAUCAACCUGUCCGAACUUGAGCCCCACAUCAAUGGUCCAUUCACUCCCGAUCUGGCCACGCCCAUCUCCAAGUUCAGUCAAGCCGUCAAAGACAACGGAUGGCCCCAAGAGCUUAAGGUCGGCUUGAUUGGCAGUUGCACUAACUCUUCAUACGAGGAUAUGUCGAGAGCAGCAUCGAUAGCCCAGGAUGCGAUGGAUCAUGGCGUUAAAGCCAAGGCAUUAUUCACAGUCACCCCUGGCUCUGAGCAGAUCCGAGCAACGAUCGAGCGUGAUGGUCAACUGAAGACUCUUGAGGAUUUCGGAGGCAUGAUCCUUGCUAAUGCUUGUGGACCUUGCAUUGGUCAGUGGGACCGAAAAGAUGUCAAGAAGGGAGAGGCCAACUCUAUCAUCUCUUCAUACAACCGAAACUUCACCGGUCGAAACGAUGCCAAUCCUGCCACUCAUUCAUUCGUUACUUCUCCUGACUUGGUCGUUGCAAUGACCAUCGCUGGAGAUCUUAGCUUCAACCCUCUUACGGACACUCUGAAGGACAAGGAUGGCAACGACUUCAAGCUCAAGGCUCCUAGCGGAGACGGUCUUCCUCGCAACGGGUAUGAUCCAGGAAAUGAUACUUAUCAAGCACCCCCUGAGGAGCGCGCCUCAGUAGAGGUGCAAGUCAGCCCAACGUCCGACAGACUGCAGGUCCUCGAGCCUUUCACACCUUGGGAUGGUAAGGAUCUUACCGACCUUCCAAUCUUGAUCAAGGCCAAGGGCAAGACAACGACCGAUCAUAUCUCCAUGGCCGGACCUUGGUUGAAGUACCGUGGCCAUCUUGACAACAUCUCCAAUAACAUGCUUAUCGGUGCCAUCAACGAGGCCAAUGGUGAAGCCAACAAGGUAAAGCACUUCAAGACUGGUGAUUGGGAUGCAGUCCCAGCCACCGCCCGGAAAUAUAAGAAGGAGGGCAUCAAAUGGGUUGUCAUUGGUGACUGGAACUACGGCGAAGGAUCCUCGCGAGAACACGCCGCCCUGGAGCCCCGUCAUCUCGGUGGCAGUGCCAUCAUUACCCGAAGCUUUGCCCGUAUCCACGAAACCAACUUGAAGAAGCAAGGCAUGCUGCCAUUGACUUUCUCCAACCCAGAGGAUUAUGACAAGAUCAAGCCAGAUGACAAGGUUGAUCUCCUUGUCUCUGAUAUCCAACCCGGCAAGCCAGUCAUCAUGAAAGUACACCCCAAGGAUGGCAAAGCAUUUGAUAUUGAACUGUCGCAAACUUUCAACGAAGGCCAACUCGAGUGGUUCAGAAAUGGGUCUGCACUGAACGCCAUGGCCAAGGCUGCGGGCAAGUAA